AUGCGCGGCACAUUGAUCUUCGCGGGCAGUUCCUGCCCUGAUAUCACAGACAAGAUAUGUCACAACUUGGGCAUGGCGCGGGCUGACGCCGAGCUCACCCAAUUCUCCAAUGGCGAAACAAGCGUCCGCAUCCUCACUAGUGUUCGGGAAAAGGACGUGUUUGUCGUCCAGUCGGGCAGCCCCAAGAUCAAUGACACCAUCAUGGAGCUGCUCAUCAUGAUCUCUGCCUGCAAGGGCGGCUCUGCAAACAAGAUCACCGCUGUGCUGCCGUACUUCCCGUACAGCCGCCAAUCCAAGAAGAAGUCGCAUAGAGGCGCUAUAACGGCAAGAAUGCUGGCCAACCUUCUCGGGGUUGCCGGCGUCAAGCACGUCGUCACGGUCGAUCUCCACGCGUCUCAGAUGCAAGGCUUCUUCAAGUGCCCGGUGGACAAUCUGCACGCGGAGCCUCUGAUCGCUCGCUGGAUCCGCCGCAACGUACCGAGGUGGCAGGAGGCGGUGGUGGUGUCCAAGAACGCGGGCGGCACCAAACGGGUUACCUCGCUGGCCGACGCCCUCAAGCUCAACUUUGGCAUGGUGACGACGGACAAGAAGAGAGGCCCGGGCCCGAGCAUGGCGGCCAGCAUGAUCUCGUACCCGCUGGACGGGAUCGAGCGGCAGCCGGCGCUCGACCCCAUCAGCAGUCAGGUGCGUACCAACUACUCGUCAGAGCCUGAGAAUGGCACCUCCGCUACCGACGGGGCCCAAUCCCAAGAUUCCCGCACCGCGGCGGAUGGUCAAGGAUCGCCGCGGAUGCGUGCUAAUGGCACUCAUUUGCGGAAUUCGGCCCACCGCAAGUCGCCCCCAAGACGCUCACAGACCACGCUGUCGCAGUCGUCCGUCAUUGAUGAGCUGGACGAGGAGGCGGACUCGGAGGCAGACGGACUGGAAUACAACGAUCAGCGAGCCCAUGAAGUGACGCACGGCCGGCUGGUGCAGGGCCACAUCGUCCCUGAUGAUUUCCCCUCCCCGGCGACGUCGGUGGCCGAUACAAACGUGCCGGACGAUGACCCAAUGACUUUGUCGCAUGCGUCCUCCUUCUUUGCGCCCCAGCCUCACGCCCUCGGCGGUUCUGGGGACGUGGGGGCGAGCUCGGAUGAAGAGGACGACAUCCUGAAGGAUCCCAAAGUCGAACGCACGAUAACGCUAGUGGGCGAUGUCAAGGGCCGGUCAGUCUUCAUCGUCGAUGACAUGAUCGACAAGCCAGGAUCGUGGAUCGCAGCUGCAGAGACGGUGGUUAAGCGCGGCCGUGCCAGCAAGGUCUACUGUAUCGCCACGCAUGGCGUCUUUGGAGGAGACUGCCUGGAGCAGAUGCAAGCUUGCGACUGCAUCGACACAAUCGUCGUGACCAACAGCUAUCCUAUUCCCGAGGACAAGGCGCGCAAUGCGAGCAAGCUAGUGGUUCUCGACCUGUCGUUCCUCUUGGCCGAGGCGAUUCGGCGGAACCAUUACGGCGAGUCAAUGUCGUCCCCUGUUCCAUACCUCAUAAAUUAA